UAGCCUCGCGUCCGCCAGGCGCGAGCGGCAAGCAGUUUUGAAUACACUGAAGUUCAGACGGUGCUGACGAUCAGAACGUCUUGUGUCUGCUCUUAAGUCCAGUUGUCAACGAAUAUCCGGACACGCAUAGACUCCCUCUGAGUCUCACAGGCAGCGAGCCUGCUUUCUAACUUGUGCCGCUUGUGAGCAGCGCGAUAAGCCGAUAACCAAUAUGGCUUGCCACCCCGACGACGAGGAUUACGGCUAUGGAGGCACGGAUGUGGAUGAGGACUUCGACCAAAUAGAGCAGAGGCCUCCCCCCGCGAGGGCGCUGCCCUCAAAUGGCCCCCCGAGCAACGCGUAUGUGAACAACGGCUCUAUCAAGCGCGGCCGCACCCCAGAUGAGCAGGUCCCCGACACAGCAGCCGACCAGCGACCCCCCAACCCCUACACUGCCGGCAACGGCGCCGCCGCCGCCGCCGGCUUCCACCAAGACCAGCCGCCGCCGCACCACCACCAGCAGUCAAGCUACGACGGGUACGGGGCGCCCUUGCACCAGCAGCAGCAGCAGCAGCCCAACAAACGCUCCGCGGGCGGCGCCCCAGGCGCGCAGUUCGCGCAGCCCGCGCCAGGCUACAACAACACCCACGCAUUCAACAACGCCGAAGACGGCGCUUUCCAGCAGCCUGCUUAUGACAACGGCGUAGGCGGCACGGCUGCUGCUGCUGCUGCCGGCGGUCCCGGUGCUGUGGACGCGGGCGGCGGCGGCUCCAGCCCCUACGGCGCCUUUGCGGCCGCCGGGCCCAAUGGCGAGCCGGUGCCUUGCGCCUGCGGCGAGCCGGCCGUGCGGCGUGUGUCCAACAGCGCCGCCAACCCCGGCCGCCCCUUCUUCAAAUGCGCCAAGGGCAUGGGGCAGCAGUGCAAGUUCUUCAAGUGGGAGGACGAGCUGGGCGGCGGCGGCGGCGGCGGCACGCAGGGCGGCGGCGCCGCCGCUGGCGGCUACGGCGGCGGUGCUGGCGGCUACGGCGCCGGCGGCGGCGGCACGCCGGGUGGCAGCAUGAGCGUGUACGGCAGCACUGGAGGAGCGGGUGGCGGCGGCGCCGGCGGCCGGCCCUUUGGUGGCAACAACCCCUACGCCGCCGUACCGACCAGCAGCCAGGCCGCUAGCACCUCGGGCCCUGGCGGCGCCCGCGCCGGCGGCGGCGGCGGCGCCUGGGACGGCGCGCCGCCGGAGGCCGUUGGCGCCGACGGCGUGGGUGCGGGCGGUGAGGAGGUGGUCAAGUGCGGCUGCGGCGAGCCGUGCCCGGUGAAGACGUCCAACAGCACCAACAACCCGGGCCGCCAGUUCUUCGCCUGCCCCAAGAUGCGCGACGACCCCACGCGCUGCCGCUUCUUCUGCUGGGCUGACGAGGUGGACAAGAACGGCGGCGGGGCAGCUGGCGGCGGCGGCUUCGGCGGCGGUUACGGCGGUGGCGGCGGCGGCUAUGGCGGAGGUGGCGGCGGCGGCGGCGUGUGCUAUGUCUGCCAGCAACCAGGCCACUUCGCGAGCGCAUGCCCGCAGAAGGGAGCCGGCGGCGGCGGCGGCGGCUACGGCGGCUACGGCGGCCGCGGCGGCGGCGGCGCUGGCGGCGGCGGCGGCGCGGCCAGCGGCGACAGGCCGUGCUACCUGUGCCAACAGACGGGGCACUGGGCGCGCGACUGCCCCACCAAGCAGGCAGGCGGCGGCGGCGGCGGCUACGGCGGCCGCGGCGGCGGUGGAGCCGGCGGUCCGCCGCAGUCGUUCGCCAGCCGCUUCAACCGUGACGGCGGCGGCGGUGGCGCCGGUGGCUAUGGCGGCGGUGGCGGCGGCUACGGCGGUGGCGGCCGGGGCGGUGGCGGCGGCGGCGGCGGCAACUGCUACAAGUGCGGCCAGCCAGGUCACUGGGCGUCGCAGUGCCCCACUGGGCGGUAGCGGCGGUAGCGGAGCGGUGGAGCAACAGUGGCGGCAGCGGCGGUGAUGGCGGUGGCUGCAGCGGCACUGACGCCAUUGGUGCGGCUUAGUGAUUGGUGUGGGCUGGCAGCAAGCGGAGUGGGUGUGAUGUGCGGCAGUCGGUGAGCAAAGCGGCCGGUGGAUGUGUGGGUGUGGGUGUGUACUUGUGUGGCUGGGAGGGAUGCGGAGGACGCGGUCCGUGGACAGGUGCGGUAGCUUGCUCGGAGGAGGCUUGGCGUGCGGCCUCGCACUGACACAAUGCGGCUGCAUGCGGGGUGUGGACAUGUCGCCUGGUAGGCCGUGGCAUGUAUUUGGAGAGGAUUGCUGAUAAAGUGUGCGUACGCCCCACCUCGCCUUGUAAACACUGUGAACU